GUCUGGUUUUCUAACAUUUGGGAAAAUGGGUUCUAUUGAUACACCACCAACUCAGACAGCCGAAAACGACCGGACGGCGCGAACCAACACAACCUGCAACGGCUACAAGCAGCAAGAGCAUACUCAGGCCGACGACGGGCUUGACCCCACGGAGAUGGCCGUCGAUAAUAAAGCGGCAGAAAAUGAGGCACCGAGGAAGAGGAGGGCAGGAGUGCUGCCAUUGGAGGUGGGCACGCGAGUCAUGUGUCGUUGGAGAGACGGAAAUUUUCACCCAGUCAAAGUUAUCGAACGUCGUAAAAUGCUGUCCGCCGGACCCAACGAUUACGAGUACUACGUCCACUACACCGAGUUCAAUAGGAGGCUCGAUGAAUGGGUGAAGCUUGAACAACUCGAUCUUGACUCAGUGGAGACUGAUGUGGAUGAGAAAGUGGAAGAUAAGGCAACAAGCUUGAAAAUGACACGCCACCAGAAACGUAAGAUUGACGAGACACAUGUGGAGGGGCAUGAAGAGCUUGAUGCUGCCAGCUUGCGUGAACACGAAGAAUUCACAAAAGUGAAAAACAUAGCAACCAUUGAACUUGGAAGAUACGAGAUUGAGACAUGGUACUUCUCCCCCUUUCCGCCAGAAUACAAUGACUCUCCGAAGCUGUACUUCUGUGAAUUUUGCCUGAAUUUCAUGAAGCGAAAAGAACAGCUUGAGAGGCAUAUGAGAAAAUGUGAUCUCAAGCAUCCCCCAGGUGAUGAGAUAUAUCGUAGUGGCACGCUGUCAAUGUUUGAGGUUGAUGGUAAGAAGAACAAGGUCUAUGGGCAGAAUCUCUGCUAUUUGGCAAAAUUGUUUCUUGAUCACAAGACACUGUAUUAUGAUGUUGACCUUUUUCUGUUCUACGUUCUAUGUGAAUGCGAUGAUCGGGGAUGCCACAUGGUUGGUUAUUUUUCCAAGGAAAAGCAUUCAGAGGAAUCCUAUAAUUUGGCUUGCAUUCUCACCCUGCCUCCUUACCAAAGAAAAGGCUACGGGAAGUUUCUAAUUGCAUUCUCAUAUGAACUUUCUAAGAAGGAAGGCAAAGUAGGCACACCUGAAAGGCCACUUUCUGACCUCGGCAUGUUGAGCUACAAGGGAUACUGGACCAGGGUUCUUUUAGAAAUCCUGAAGAAGCACAAGAGCAACAUCUCCAUCAAGGAGCUUAGUGACAUGACAGCUAUAAAGGCAGAUGAAAUCUUGAGCACAUUGCAGAGCCUGGACUUGAUCCAGUACAGGAAAGGGCAGCAUGCCAUCUGUGCAGACCCCAAGGUUCUUGAUCGGCAUCUAAAGGCUGCUGGUCGUGGGGGUCUUGAGGUCGAUGUUAGCAAGUUAAUCUGGACCCCAUAUAAGGAGCAAGGUUGAUCAAUGACACUUUUAUUACUUGUGACUGCCCUUUUGAUGAUGACCCUGCAUAUACUUGUAAAGAUGUAAAAUGUAGAUUGUAUUAUUAAAAGUAAAUUGGUUUUUGGGCCAUUCUGCUUUUCUGAUCUCGUAGCUUGAAAAUAGUAUUUGAUAUCA